AUGGAAAGAUAUGGAAAUGAACUGGCUUUUUUAGACGCAACAUAUCGCACAACUAGAUAUGCCCUUCCGCUAUUUUUUUUAGUUGUCAAAACAAACAUUGAUUACCAAGUUGUUGCAAUUUUUGUUUGUGAAAAUGAAACCACAGAAGCUAUAGCAAAAGCACUAAUGUGCAUUAAAGAAUGGAAUCCAUUAUUUUAUGACAGAUUAUUCAAACGAGGAAAUAAAUGCACUCGAAUAUGUGUUUCCAGAGAGCAAGCUUGGGAAAGAUGGCUGUCAAAAACCAUAAAUGGAUGCUGCCUUGUGAAAGAUCAAGUUAAAAAAAUGCUUCGUGAUAUUGCACAUGCAAAAACAGAAGAUAUUUGUCAAAAGGCAGUUCAAGGGCUCCAGGAAUCACAAGUAUGGAAAAUACACCAAAAACUCGCUGAGUAUUUAACAAACACUUGGUUACCUAUCCAAAAGAGAUGGGUGUUUGCUUACAGACAGGAUCGUCUCCUGCUGAAUGUUAACACUAACAAUGGAACUGAGAGGCAGCAUCAAUCUUUUAAAUAUAGUUUUUUAGAAAAACGAAAGAAUUCUUCAAUAACAGCUAUGCUAAGUAUUUGUAUUGAAGAAUUUCUUCCUCACAAAUUUGACAACUAUUGUGAUAAAAAUAAAAAAGCACAUUCAUCAUAUAGAAAAUACAAUGCAAAAAUUCCGCCAUAUUUGAUUGAUCGUCCACGACCUUUGGUAAAACAUUGCAUGCAUUUAAUUGAUACAUUAAAAGGCCUUGACUUACAAGGCAUUAAUGCUGUAACUGACAAGAUAUACAACGUUGCUUCAUUUGAUUCAAAUAGUCGAGAAAUCUAUAAAUGCUAUCUUGGUGGUGAUAAACAUUUGCCUAGUUGUUCUUGCCCUGCCUGGUUUAGUAGUCCAUACCCAUGCAAGCAUUUUUUUGCUAUUUUUAUAAAAGAAAAUCUCUCCUGGUCUGCAUUUGGUAGCUUAUACAGAAAUUCACCAUAUUUUAGCCUAGAUUUAUUGACAGAUGAAAAUAGCCAUGCAACCUCUGUAGUAUGUCAAGAUUUUUUUCAUCCUAACAAUGUUGGUAUUCAAAAUAAUGCUGUCGGACAUGAAACACAAUUGUCUAUACCUCUUGAACCUCAACCGUUUCCAAAUGUACAAGGAAUGAAUUUUAAAAGUACGAUUGCACCAAAUAAAAUUCAAAGUAGUCACUCUAUAAUAACAUGUCGUGAGCUAUUAAGCGAAAUCACUCAGAUGUCUUAUCUAUGCAACUCUCAAAAAAAUGUGGAUCUGUUGUUUGAAGGGCUUUAUAAAUUGAAAACUGACUUAGUUAAAAGCAUUACAAGUGAAAAUGGAAUUCUUUUGCGUCCAGAUAAUAAACCAGAUACUUGGAGCAAGACUGAAAUUAAUUCAACUAGACUUUGUCAUCUCCCAAUUAGACGAAAAAGGAAGAUGACUAAACGAGUUGGUGUCAAGUAUGAUGUUUACAAAGCAGCCUCAGAUAUGAGUGUAGUAACAAAAAAAGUUUCUUUACUUUCUGAGAUAACCACAAAUCACUCCAUAAACGAAAGUUGUGAUAUUUUUACAGUUCCAAUUGAUUCAAUAAAGACUGAUGAAAAAUUAUCUGAUGAUAGCAAUGAGUUGCUUGAAGGCAACAUAAAAGAUGAUGGUAACCAUAUUCAAAGGACUGUUCAGAGUGUGCAAUAUCUGAAAUCUUCUUUGAUUGGAAAUUUAGAAAUGAAUGAGAUAGAAAAUGAUGAAAUGCUUAAUGAUAAAGUUAUUCAUUAUUGUCAACAAGUCAUGUCUAUGCAAUUGGAUAUUGAUGUUGGUCUGCAGGAUCCUAUUAAAGGUCAAGUCCUAGCUUUUAACAUCCAUCCGAACACCCCAUUUGUCCAAGUUCUUCAUGAUGGAAAUCUCCACUGGAUUUGUGUGACCACAUAUGGUUGUGCUGCAGGAGAAAUAUAUAUUUUUGAUAGUCUUUUUCAUGGUGCAGUUAGUUUUGACACAAAAAGGCAAAUAUGCUCUAUUUUACAAUGUGAUAAAAAAUAUCUUAUGAUUAAAGUAUUGCCUAUUCAACAACAAACUAAUGGUGUUGAUUGUGGACUGUAUGCUAUUGCUUGGGCUAGACAAAUUCUUGAAGUGAAGGGAAUACCUUCCACUUCUCUAAUGUUUGAAGAAAGUGAAAUGAGAAAGCAUUUCCUUAUGUGUAUACUAAAGAACCGGUUAGAUGUCUUCCCUACCACAAUCAAUCCAGCUAUGUUUAAAAAAUGUGCAGCAAAGGACUUUCGUAUACGCUUGCAUUGCUCUUGUCGCAUGUUUUGGACCCAUAAAGAUGAGAACAUUUUUAGCAGGCAAAUGGCUCAAUGCUUUACUUGCAAAGAAUGGUUUCAUCGGCAAUGUGAAAGAAUUCCACAGAGCGCUUAUGAACAAGAAGAUGAGCUCUGGUAUUGUCAGCAUUGCAACAGUAUAGCAGACAUUAAUACUACAAAUGAAGUAUAAUAUCUGAAACUGUCAUGACAUUCUUAACAAAGAAAUAAUAAAAAUUAGGUUUAUUCCUUACUUAAUAUAUGACCUUGUUAUACUAACCAUCAGGUAUUGAUUUUUAAUAAUUAUUAUUAAUAAAUCUUAUUUAGAUUU